AUGAGUGAAUUUAUACUACACGGUGCCGUUGAGGCCAAAGUACUACUAUUACUCGUCACCGAUUCGACUAAAGUUAAACGAGUAGAGUUACAGAAAUGGUUACUUAGGCGCCUCUAUCGACCUCUCAGACCAUUAAUACACGAUAAUGUUCGUAUACUACACGUCUCAGCUACGCGACUAUCCUCCCUAAUGCAAACGCAGACUGUACAGCAAAAAACAACGAACAUUUAUACCCUUGAUAAUCUACCGAAUCCAGACAGCUUUUAUGACCGAGUAUAUAAAUUAAUGCCAACAACAGUAGAUUGUUAUACUGGUGAAGUGAUUAUAUCAGAAGUAUUUGAGAGUCUGAAGAAAUCUAUUUACGGUCUAGUUCAGCCGUCUAUCCUAAAGGACCUGGAUAGAGACGAAGCACUUCAGUUUGAACCAGAAAUUUCAAUCACAGUGAUUGCCGAGAGCUCGCACUUUGCAUCGAAUGCAAACGUGUUUCUCUACCUGGAAGAGUUCCCUACCAUGAAAGUGCUCUUACAAAAUGUAACAGUCACGAAAACCAAUGUAUCAAAAAUUCUUGUCAAACUCCAAUGUGAAUUGAACGACUAUCAACAGCGCGUUGCUGAAUUGAGAGAAAAAGUUAAGCGCGUAAAGCAAUUUCGUGUUCCAUAUAGAAUGGACACGGAAAACGAAGAAGAAACUGAAUUUUCCGAUGUGAAGAAUAUUUGGAGAUUGGGAUCUGGUGGUGGUAAUCUAGCCUACAGUCUGAAUGCUGGUCUGUUCGCCGCCCGUCUAUGCCCUAAUGAUGGAUUCGCAUCUUUGGUAAUCAUUACGGAUGGCGUCGUCAAAUCUACUUUAGUUCAGAUGUCAGACGACGACGAUAUAAUACAAGAACUCUGCAGAGAGGAUAUUAGUUGUAACAUUAUACAAGUAGGAUCUGGUCAAGGAUUUAAUCCUACGUGCAGUUUUGGACUGGUCCCUGAUAAUGAAUUAUUACGCUUUGUCGCCGCUGCUACUGGUGGUACAUUUUCAUACGCAUGUGAUUGUCCGAACGAUAUAUCUUCAGAAUCACUCAAAGAUGGCAUCGCGUCCAAUUUCUACCAUUCAUUUUGUUUAUUGAGAGAAACUAGUUUUUCCAAGAAGAAGAUUGAAUACCGAUACGCAAGCCUAUCCGACAAGCCCGAAAGAUCAAUAGACGCUCCUCGUGAACGACGUGUUUAUGGCAACCAUAAUGUCUUAGACGUUAAUGACUAUAAUUUCCCAUGGGAUCCACGUAGUUUGUCACCGCCAGUUGAGACAAUUCUAACUAGAUAUAGGGAAUAUACUCUGCACAUUAAUGUGCAACAAUUAAUUUCCUUCCGUAUCAGACAGGGCUUUAUGGUGGAGAGUGUAGAAAUAGUGAGAAAUAUGAUCCAUAUUAGUCUCUUGCGCUUAUGGCUUCCUAAUAUUAUGAUUCAAUAUAAGAUUAAGGCGUUAUGGUCUGGUGAGAACAGAGGAAUGAUACGACUGAGAGUGCCUCGCAUCGAGAUUAACGUCAUCGCAGACAUCAGAUUCUCAAUGUACUUUAUCAGAGUACAAACAGGAGUAGACAAUGAUCCCAGGCAUCCCUCGUUUUCCAAGGUCAUUAGGCUGGAUAAGUUUCUCGCCACCAUAUAUGAAACAGAUGAAUUAUUGAACGAACAACUAUUCUACAGGGCACAAAAAGAUAUCAUGCAGCGUAAUCGGGGUUUUGCAAUUGAUCGUGUAGAAAAGAUUAAACAAUUUUGGUGUGUGUUGGAGCAAAGCCCUUUUCGCCUGGAUGGUAAAUGUUGGUACGAUCAGAUUGCGUUUCAAUUAAUAGCUUCUCCGUCUCGCAAGAUAUUCAGUAAAUCUUCGCUGAUUGCUGCGCCUAUACACGCUGCCCUAUCUAGGCUCAGGCUGUUACUUGGCUUAUGGGCAUCUUUUGAGAUAUCAAAAGAUGAGUAUAUCAAGUUGUUUUCUCCGCAUGAGGGUGACAAAGCAUGCCCUUUUAGUUUCUGUAAACUGAACUUGAAGCCAGUGUAUGGAAGUUUAAUUCUAUUCACUUUGUCAUUCUUCAAUGUCAAUAUGAAUACUCGCCAAAGAGAAGCUGAUAAAGUCAGAAAUAUGAUAGCUGAUACCUUAUCAUUUUUCAAUGUUGUGACGGACAAUAAGGAUGAUCAUGAAUUGUGGGCUGAUAAAGUCGGGAAAAAGAUAAAUGAUGCGUUUUCAUUCUUCAACGCUGAUGUGAAUGCCCAUCAAGAAGAAGCCGAUAAAUUCAGGAAAAUAAUAGACGAUGAUAGUUAUGGGCGUGAAGAUGAGACUUAUUACAUUUGUAGAAGACCCCUUUCAUUUAUAAUGAUCCCAGACAUGGAUGACACUAUGCCGGAUGAUCAAAAUUCCGCCGUUGAGAUAAUUCCAGCUGGUUAUCGUUCUAUAGUUCAAUCGUACCUACAGUGUAGGCAAUGGUCUUGGCUGGACGACGUGGAAGACGACGUAUCGCGUAUAAGCAUACGAACAGUUCCAUUGCAGGAUUUGGCGUUACAAUACUUAUUUAAAGCACGUUUGGAUGAAAAAUACAUGUUAGUAUACCAUCAGGGCAGUCUACAAAUAUUCUACCGUGAAAUCGACUUUGGUGCUGAAUCGAAAGAAGAUGAAAUCAGAACUUCCACUGUCUGUGGUGUACAGUAUAUUGUUGUAACUGACACACAGAAAGGCCGUAUACACACUAAGCUAUUAAUGGAACCAUCGGAAGACAAGUAUUUGAAAGAUCGCUUUGAGCCGAUAGCAGAUGCAAUCGAGGCAAGUGACAGGAGAGUGAUGUCUCACCUGGUAACAUUUGAUCAACUAUAUCAAGUAGGCGCGUCUCAUCGCAAACAAGACGUAACAGAUCGUACACAAUCUCGAUUAUCGAAUUUAUUCAACCUCUCGUUAUUGCUUCGUUCUAGUCCUAUUCUAGUCGCUAAUUAUUACAUUCCGUGUUCAAAAUCGACAUCAUUGAGUCCGUCGCCCCGGAUGGAAGUCUUACCUAGAAGCAAUGAAGCAACACCGAAAUUAUCCCUAGCUGGAUUUAAACAAACGCCACAACUGAAUCUAAAAUCUCGUGGUAAAGAUACGCCUAAUUUUCCAGGCAAUCGAGAUGACGCGCCAAAUCCUAGAACUAGACGACGGACACCAUCAGCGGAAAAUGAACAGAUUGCUGAUCUGAUAUCAGAAGCGAUUAGUAGCGGUAGCAUCCAGGAUGCUGAUAGUAAUUUGUUAUUACUGCACUGGUUCGUGGAGAAAACGUUACUCGAUCAUACUGAUGGCAUGAUUGACACUACUCAGAAUAGUCAACAAGAUUCUCUUUUGAAUGAACUUAAUGAUAGAAUAUCAAGGGCCCAAGGUCAACUAAAUGGCACUGCAACCAUACAGUUAGUUCACAACUUGCAAGAGACACGAUGCUUUGUCAAGAAAGUUAAUAAUAGCUCAAUGGCUGUAAUGGCUGUCAUAAUUAUACCUUCCGUUGAGGCCAUUCUUAACGCUGUCAGCAAAACACCUCGACCCGUAAAUGAAAAUGAAGCAAGACACUUGAGUAUCCUGUUGUUUUCAUGUAAAAGACUGACACCAUUAGACGGAGGCGUGCCUUCAGGUUUACCAAGUCAACUGAAAGACUUAAUACUUGAACCUACGUCUCUUCACGGAUCCGCAAGAACAGCAUUGAGCCCAACAAUAUUGAGUGGAGGAUUUCUUGAUGAUAAGGAUAUUGUCCGUAUGUCCGAUCAGACGCGAAUUAUGUCUUGUAUCGCAAAUGUUUAUGCUCAUGGAUUUGUCAAAUCCAUUUAUGGUAGCAUAUUACAGAGGCGUCAGGUCGCAGCGGCAGAUUUCCACAAGGCCAUCGAAACAUGUGUAGAGACAUCCUUAGAUAUAGACAUAUCUGCUUUUGUUAAUGUACACAUCCGAGCUGCUUUAAACGACAAUGAUAGCAACCUACAUGACGUACGUAAGAGGUUUAGUGACAUUUUUGGUCAAUAUUUUGAGCUCGUUGCAUCUGGUGACGAUGAAUUUCAAAAUAUAUAUUAUUAUCGUCCCCCUUCAAAGGGGGGGAAAACUGGCAUGAAUCUUGCUGACGUGUUCACAUUGGCUGAAAGACCGCUCUUUAUCAAACUCGAAUGUACAUUUAAAAAGCCGCCGCCGCCGCCAACACUUGCUAUAAUACAAGAAACACAACAGGAAGUUCAAACAGACGAGACAAAUGCUUUUUCUAUCGCUGAAAUGUACAAUGAAUAUCAAGCAACAUAUGUUCGCUUCCCAGUAUCAGAUUUGCCAACAAGCUAUGAAUGUACAGUCCACAAAAAGUAUUACGAUUUUUCUCCCGAUGCGAUUGGUACGUCUAACUCGCCUGUCGAGUCAGCUGAUGGGACCAGUGCCACUUUACAUAUGACGUGUCUAACUUUGCCGUCUAUUGAUGAGCACAAGAAGCUUUCGCUGGGGUUUGUCGAAUACGAACCCAACGAUUUUUCAAGUCCGCUUCAUGUAUCACACUCUGCCGAGACAUACCCUAAGGAAAUACAAGAAGCUUUGGAAAAGACCCGAUCCAAUAUUGAUCGGCUGUUGAGGGACGAAAUACUGCAUAAGCUAUUGAAGUUACAACCAUACGAUCGAACGACGCUAACAUAUAUACAGGAGCAAUUGGAGGCAAAUAAGCAAGGGGAAGUCAUUGAUAAAAUUAAAACGGACCAGAAGAAAAGCGUCGAUCAAAAGAAGGUCGUUGAUCAAGAUCAAAAUGAGAGCUUUUCUACUACGUAUAAGAUUCCUCUCCGCUUUGUCCACCAAGAUCGAGGUCAGCAGCGAUUUUUGCAAGAGCUUAUUAAGUUUAACAUGAAGCCUUUUAUACUCAAUAAAGUGGAAGAGUAUUACUAUAUUAGCAAAUGUGACCAGAUGGAGAAAGGAGUUAAAUGUAGCCUUGGCAGAUCUACACUGGAUGAAUCUGAGAAUAUACCAAAUGUUUCGGAUAACAAUCAGAAUAUCAUCGAAAGCACUGGGCACAGCGAUGGUGGUCUAGGUCUUGGAAUUGUCAUGUCUCCGGCCGAACCUGAUUCCUCCAGCCGUACGGAUACUGCUAGCAAUGCGAAAUCUCAAAAGAAUCAACCUUUCUGGCUUCUUUUGGCUCCAGAAACCGGAUUUGUCUCUUUAUAUUUCUACUCGAAGGUCAUUUCACGCUCUGAACGAACGACUAUUGUAGAGGAAGUUGAAAAAUACAUAUUAAAAGUUUGUAAGAGAGUAAAUCAAUUGACGCUGCUUGAUGAAUUGAUUGAGACACAUAUUUGCAGUGACUACUUGGUACCUCCAGACGAAAUCAAGUCAGUAUCAGACGACGGAACUGAGAAGUCCGAUGAACAAGAGUUCAAAUACGGGCAAUUCGAAUGUCCGCGAGUAUACGAGACCACUUUUCCUCUGCACUGGCGUUUGCGACCGAAUCAAGCACUCGCUGGCAUCACAUCGUCGCUUAACUGGUUUGCAGUUGCCAACCGCAAACAUAUGUAUGUGGUCCCGGAUAAAGAUCACAUCGUGUACAUCAAAUUGUCUGAGAUUAGUAAUCCGUCUCUGGUUGUUGAUCCCGAGAAUGCUGCAGAGUUGGACCGACAAACAAGCGCAUUGCCGCAAGUUAAUGGCACAGAUGCUAACGAACAAUCAACACAGCAACCUUCUGCAGAGGAAACAGAAGAUUUACCACCAAAUAAGGUUCAAAGUCCGCAAACAUCAAACCUGGGAGCUGAACGCUCAGUGGCGGAGAGUCCCAAUCCAUGGCGUGUACAACCAAAAUCUGGAUUACUUGUCGAAGUAUAUGGUCUUAAUUUACCAGGGGAAAAGAUAACGGUUGACUUGACAAGUUCCUUGGAGAAUAAAUUGAACACCAAUGUUACACUUCCUGUUAUCUCAACACAUUUGGCUCGAAAUUACAAGUUAUCAUAUGAGGAUGUUGAAUUCAUCUUGCCCAUCAAGAAAGGCCCUUCAAGAAGUUCUCUAUUUUACAUACCAAAAUUUGUGAAAAAUACUGCAUCCUUACUUUUUUACUUUCAACAGAACUUAUUACGUUAUUUAAACACGUUGAAUGGAAUGGAAGCAGCCCUUGCAGUAAAACGCUACCAUCAUGACAAAAUUAAGGCCAAAUUACCUGCAGAUUCUGAAAAGAAACUACCUCAAUUAACUGAACCGUAUCUAGGGGAUAUGGCAUUCUAUUAUAAUUCAUCGAUGCGGCCAUCUUCGUUCGAAACGUCAAUUGGACAGGGCAUCUCUGGUAUGAUAUUAACAUUACUGGAUCAAGAGAGUCAGCCAGUGUUCAAACUUCCACCACAGGACCGGUCAGAUCCCGAUGAUACAGACAUGUCGACCAUAAUAGAAUAUGUACAAGCACAACAAAGCACGCCACAAAGUACACCACGAUUUACACCGUGGCUUUCGUCACGCGAUAUAAGUGGACGUUUAACCACUGCUGCUAAGAAUUGUGAUUACAGGAUACUUGUCGAAAUGUGGAGCCAGGGACCAAUAAACUCGGACACAUUGAUGGAACGAAUAUUUAGGAGUUUUCGACAAAGUCUGUGUGACUAUUUUGUUGAACUUUCAGUUUCGAAAAGUCUUCGUUAUUCUGCUGCGGAUAAUUUAGAGGCGGCGGCUUUAGCAAUACCCGAAAAUAAUGAAGUGGACGACAGACCGAAUUCACGAUUGCCUUUCCCUCUAAUCGACAGUCACCUUCAACGCGUUUUCGUAGAACCAGUAUUCGAAAUCCUGAAAAAGUCAGCCGAAUGGCAGAAUCCCGCCGUUAACGUGUUGGAUACUGCUUUUGAGACACCGUCAUGCAUUAGUGAGGAGUUGUUAAAAGAAAUUAACACAUUUAUGACGGAUAUUCAUACAGCCCUCAGCCCAACUAUAUGGAGCCAAGUCUCUGCCGAAACAUGUCAGGUAGAUGAUCAUCAAACAGAUGAAUCUGAUCAUAAAAGAAAGGUUCAUGUAAAGCUGGAGACAUUGCCUACAAAACCUACAAAAUAUAUUCUAGUCAGCGGUUUGAAAGAACUUGGUGCUCCUAAACAACAUAAGCCUACCUCUCGUAGAAAUAGUGUCGGUAACGAACGAUCACAACCGCGUAGAAAUUCGGUCUUUCAGCAUCGUCAAACAACAGAAGAGCUAAUGAUGAAUAGACCGACUCAGAACACAUUUGACGGGCAGUCACAACAGAACCAAGAAUAUCACCAAUCGUGUUUUGUCAUUAUGGCAGUUGGCGGAUUCUCUCUGACAUUAUAUACGUAUAACUUAAACAAAAUUUACAAAGACCAAAUAUUCAAAUCACUUAAUAAGUUAAUGGACUGGCAUAAUCAGCGUACCCGACUGUUGAACAGCAUUCUUUAUCAAAAGAUGGGUUUGUUUUAUCAUAAGAACACAUUACCCCCUGUUAAAUCAACCCAGACAUCCGUACUAACUGCUUCGACUGUUCCGAAUACUCCACGUCCUUCGGGCCCGCCCAACGCGUCGGCUCCACGUCCAACCACAGUUUAUGGUAAUUCUUUGGAUACAACAAAUGUCAGUUUGCUCAUAUGUGACAAGUUUCCAUCUCGCGUUCGAGAUGAAGAAAGGAAAUCAUUUGCAUUACCAGUGGAUAUGCGGGCUGAAUUGACUAAGCUAGUCACGAAUGAUCUUGAUAGUGCGGCCAACGUGUCCAUUAUCUCGGUUCUUGACGUUAACGAAACACUCAAGAAUGCAUUUACAGAGACUCCAGUCGAACAUUCUGUGAAAUCAUCCGAAACCGGAACGGAUAAGUUUAGACGUCCACAUAACCAAAACAAUCGAAAACAAAGAAAGCUUUCAGAAACAAAUCGAGACGAGGAAGACUUGUUACAGAAAUACGGACGGCCAUUCUUAGAUUCUUGUGUACGAAAAGCUAGAAUCUCUCAGACGUAUGCAAUCGCGUCAAAAAUAUCCGAGAAUUGGGCGCAAACACAUGAAUUGCUUGAUGAUGUGAAUGUCAAGCCUACAAUUUCCAAUUCAACGUUUACUUGUCUGUUACGAGUUGGCUCUGCAGUACAUUUGCUCGAACAACAAGGAUCAAGUAAAGAAACUACAGCGCUACAGUUCAACACGACAAUCGAGUCGUUAUUGAAGGACUAUGCAACGUAUUUAGAAAGCAUUGGAAUGACGAUGGUGAUAUUUGGAGAUGCAGAGUCCAACCUUAUCCAUAAUGACGAUGGUGGUGACAAACUUCCCUCUUUCACGUCCAAAAUUGUUAUUGACGGAGAUUUGUCGAUUACCGCUCCUGCAGUAUUUACUGCAAAGAUUUGUAGUGCUGGAAUAAUUUUAUGUGAAGUGCGUAUGGAAGGAGCUUUAGCAAGUUUGAGCUUAUAUUCACUGACGAGGUCGGCUAUUGAUGGUGGCGAUAAAUCGAAUGGUCUAACUGAACUCAGAGAAGAGUGUCAUAAAAUCAAGCAUUUGUUACACUUCAAAUCAUUUAUCUAUGAUUUCCAUCUGCGUUAUCUAACUAACGUUCUUAGAACGCCGGAAGCAGCUCCAUCCAUUGACGUAUUAGAGCUUCUGAAACAUUUCAUUAUUAGUCAUCCUGAGCCUCGGAAACACGCCCGACAUCGAAUAUAUCAUGGUACAUUCGUGAAGGAACUCGAAAACAUCGAAGAGAAUUCAUUAUUUACAUACAUCAUCAUGAAUCCACAAAGAUAUGGUUUCCGUUCUAUCUAUCAUGGUGAUGAGACAAUUGGGUGCUUCACGACAGCGUUUUGUGCAAAUCAAGAGGAUCCGGAAAGAUGCAAGUGCCUUCUGAUAUUGAGGUCGUCCAGCAAGCAAUUUUCAGAUAACGGAAGAUUUUUGCUUGAUUAUGAUAUUAUUUCGUUCUACGAUUGUGAAGGACACGAACAACUCCCAUUGAGUAACGACGAGCCCCUGAUGUCUGUACAUGGUCGAAGAAACGUAUUAAAUCAAGGAAAGCAAAAAAUUGAUUCGACCAUUGAACGGGCCAUCGAGUGUUACGCUCGUGAUAAACUUUGGGAGCAACUGGAAUCAACCAAGAACCAGGCCAACAUCAACCCUGCAGAGUUUAUAAACCUAACUCAAUGCUGGUGUAGUCGACUGCUGUCAAGCCUUCAACCAGAAUUCCGAGAAUUCCUAGAUCUUCCCCUUGACUGGACAGAAAUUUUUAACUUCCUGGCUACCUAUUAUUCAGAUAAAGUAAGGGAAGUGAAUCACGACGGCUCCCGACAUUUAGUCAUUUUUAAUCCAUUUCUUAGUGGACAUUUGAUACACUUUGUGUUGGAUCCAAACAAUAUUGUUCGUGCAAGCGCUGUCUGUCGAGAGGAAACUCCCGAGUACGAACCUCAAUUUACUGCCGAGAUUAUGAGGACGAUUGGAUAUUUAAUCUGGAAACGAAUUGUAUUAUAA